AGCGAAGAAGCAGAUGAGGACACCAAGCUUCCACAAACAUCACCCAUUAUUAAUUCCAAAGCACCCAAUCCACAGGAAUCUGGCAUCAAAAGACUCGAUGGUUUCCACCCAGCAUACAAUUAUUUGAUUAUUUUCACAUCAUGGCUUGUCUGUCUCCUCUCCAUGAUGGUAUUUUCCAGAUUUAGUUUCUUCUCAAGGGAUAAAAAGCGGAUGCCCCUACCACAGAAAAGCGCCACCUUCCAAGAAUCCUUUGGUGUUUGGUCAGAUUACAACAGAGAUGAUGGUUACACAGAACAAGGCCAAGAGGCCUUACAGCACAUGUGA